AUAGAAAUAUGAUUCGCUUUCCCAACAAUCCCAACGGUUUUUCUAUUCGAAAUUCGGUAGGAUAAGAUAUGAUAUGAUAUAUGGAAGUAAAGUGGUAAAGAUCAAAUAGUUGGUAAUUGGACGUUGAGUUGAGAGCAAAUUUGUAUUCGCCAGAAGUUUUGUGUAUUUUAAUUUCUUAAUGUUGUGAUAUAAUAAACGAAAAUGGAAGAUACUAUAGAUGCUAGAGUAGCACGAUUAAAUUCCGAAAUACUAGGAAAAAAAUUGAAGACUGAUGCCAAUAACUUAAUAACCAGGGAAGGGCUAUUCGAUUCUCUUCAAGCUUUAUAUGAUGAAUGUUCUAUCGAAAAUAUCCAAAAAAGCGACAAAAACAUCGAGUUUUUCGUCAAAACAUACAAAAAAACGAUGGAUGAUCUCAAAAUGACACGAAUUAACUUAACAGACUUCGAGAUUAGGAAUUGUAUAGGAAGAGGACACUUCGGCGACGUUCAUGUCGUUGUCGAGAAACAUACUAAAGACAUAUAUGCUAUGAAAAGCAUACGAAAAUGCGAUAGCUUAGAUCAGAACAAAACUUCUUUCAUUGAAGAGCGAAACAUAAUGGCUUUCUCAAAUAGCCCAUGGUUGACUUCAUUGCAGUAUGCUUUCCAAGACAAAACACAUUUAUUCUUCGUUAUGGAGUUUCAUCCAGGAGGUGAUCUAUUAGGACUACUGAUGAAGCAAGGAGGGACAAUACCCGAAAGUGCUGCUGUGUUUUAUUUGUCUGAAAUUCUGUUGGGCCUUAAAGAUCUUCAUAAAAUGGGCUAUGUCCAUCGUGACAUCAAGCCAGACAACAUCUUACUAGAUCGAUGUGGACAUGUUAAGUUGGCUGAUUUUGGCAGUGCUGCAAAACUUGAUGCUUCUGGAUUUGUAACUGAUGGCCCCCCUGUUGGGACUCCAGACUAUGUAGCUCCUGAAAUUUUGGAAGCUCUAGAAAAUAAGACUGAAAAAAAAGUGAAAUAUGGGAUUUCUUGUGACUUUUGGUCUUUGGGUGUUCUUGCAUAUGAACUGACAAUAGGAAAUUCUCCUUUUACUGGUCAAAGUACUUCAACAAUUUACAUGAAAAUUAUGAAUCACAAGAGUAACUUGAAAUUUCCAUCUGAUGCUCUUCUAUCUGAAGCUUAUGUAUCUCUUAUAAAAAACUUGGUGACUGAUCAAAAAGAAAGAUUAUCUAUGGAGAAAAUUUUCAAACACUCUCUUUUCAAGAGAACUCUCUUUGACACACUCAGAGAUCAAGUUCCACCCUUUGUGCCUAAAAUCAGUUCUUUUGAUGAUACAAGUAACUUCUCAGAUGUUCCUCCGCGUAAAAAAAUACCAUCCAUAGAAAACUUCAAGAAGAGGACUCAAUUCUCUGGGAGGAACCUGCCAUUCAUUGGUUUCACCUUUACACCUUUUGUAGACUCCUUCGAUACAAGUUUCAAUGUGAGGAAAGUUAAAGAUGAAAUUGUGGAGAAUUUAAAGGGUGAGGUAGAAAAACUGAGGCGAAAAUUGGCUAAGAAUGAGAACUUCAGUUUGGAGAAAGAAAACUUGGAAAAAAAACUUGAUGAGAAGACAAGAAAAUUAGAAGGAGUGGAGAUUUUGAGAAAUCAGCUGGAAAAAGAUGUGGCAAACAACUUGGCGGAAUGUACAGCACUAAGAAGGACCUUAGAGUUGGAACGUAAAGAUAGAAUAGAACUGGAGAAAAAGGCCAUGGAUCUCAUCAAAUCAGCCAAACUGAAAUGGGAAACUGAAGAAAAACGAAAAAUGAAUGCCCUGGAUCUCAUUAUUGAUGAACAAAAAGUUAAAAUCUCACAACUCUGCGAGACCAAUAAAAUCCUUGAAGACCAGCUUCAGCAUGCCCAGAUAAUGGAGGAAAAACACCGGAUCUCCUUAGAGACAUCAGAAAAAUUGACUAGAAAGAGCGUGGUUGGCUUACAGUCCAGGCUUGAGACGGUCACAUCAGAAACUCAAAACAGAAUUUCUGAUCUCCAAGGCAGACUUAAUGAACAGCUUUAUCAGAAAAAUGCACUUGAAAGGCAAAUCUCUGAUCUAAAAGACAAGGAAAAUAAACUUACUCUAAAAGUUAGGAAUUACGAAGAGAACCAAAAGGCUCUGAAUGAGCAAAUCAACAUAGCAGAGAGUCUCAUAAGAGAACUGGAGGAUAAGGUAACAACUUAUGAAAAACAACAAGAAAAGUUGGAAAGUUAUACUCAGGAAAAUAAUAAUUUAAGAGAAAAACGUAACAAUGAUAAAAAGUUAAUCAAAGACUUGGAAAACCGUUGUAUUCUGCUAGAGUUAGAAAACAAAAAAUUAGAAGGUUUGAAACCCCAAAUUGGUGAGUUGAACAAUAAAAUCAAAGAACUGGAAAUUCAAUUGAAGAAAAGUGGUGAACUAGAGGUGCAAUUACAAAGAGAAAGGGAAAAAACAAAAUCUUUAACCAAACAGAUACAGGAAGCUGAAAAUAAUCUCUCUGAAGCACAAGAACUGAAGGAGGUGAGAACCAAAUAUUGGAAGAUGGAAAAGGAACUGAACAACUUGAAAAUAGAUAAGAGGAUAUUGGAGAGAGAGCUCAAAGAAUCUGAAGCACAAAAUAAAGAGCUUGCACAAGAAAUUGAAAGCAUGAAGGAGCAAAAGGAGAAAAGCAAGAAAAAGUAUGAAGAUGCUAUGUUGGAAAUGAACUCGAUAAAUGACUCUAUCUCUAUGGAACUCAUGAAGAUGAAAGAGAGCAAUAAAAGUCUUUUGGUAGAACUGAAAGCUCAGAAAAAAAUCAAUGAAGAGACCAAGGAUAUUGUGAGUGAACUUAAAGCCAUCAGCAAUUCAAAAGAAGAGAAAAUAAAGCAGCUUAAUGUCAAAUUGGAGAACUGUGUAAAAAAUGCACAAAAAAGUUUGACUGAGAAAGAAGAUUUACUCAAGAAGAUUGAAGAACACGGAAAGAUUAAAAAGGAUCUGGAGAAUGAAGUGAAGUGUUUGAGAGAGCAGAAGGAAGACUUUGAAGCUAAUAUAUCCGAAAUGAGAUCUGCCUUAAAGUACCUUGAUGAAACUCAAGAAGAAAUUACUGCAAAGGCUACCUCUUUGAAAGAUGAAAAUAAGCUGCUAAAAACCAACAGUGAAAAUCUUUUAGCGGAGCUUCGUAAUGCCAAAAGAGAGAUUCAAGAGGCAAAGAAACUAGCAAAUGAAGAGAAAUCCUUCAAACUCAUUGCGGAGAACAAACUGCAGAGGUUGAAGGAUGAGACAGAGACAAUACAUCAUGACUUGGAUACCUACAAGCAUCAAACAAAAGAAUACAAAGAUUACUCCAACAAAUUGUCUGAGGAGCUUACCUCGGCCGAGGAGAAGUUGACAGACCUUAGAAUCAAAAUCAGAUCAUUUGAGAGGGAAAACCAAGACUUACAAUUAGAGAGUACACAGCUUAAGGAAGAGCUAUCAGAUUAUUUGACCCAACUCCACAAAUGCAGAGAGAGCAAGCUCAAAAUGAAGCACAGAGUUAACGAAUUGGAGGGAGAAGUUGUAAUGCUUCAACAACAAUGCAAUGAGCUAGAGAUGAAAUUGCAAGAAAGAACUGCAACCUUAAAUGCCAAUGAAAUAAAGAGCAAAGAAAUAAUCAAGCAGCAACAGAAGUUGAUUGACCUUCUACAUGCUAGAGUAGAUGAACAGCCAAAGAAAAGAAACUACUUCCUUUUUGGUGGUUCCAAGAAGGAAAACACUCCCCCAAUUUCGUUAUCGUUGAAUUAUAAGGACCUGGAACUGGAACUUAAGAAGGAGAAAGCAUCUAACAAGGCAUUACAGGAGGAGAUCUUCAAGUUGAAAGCAGAAAGUUCGCAGAAAGUCAACGACAAUUGUGCCAAACAGAUCGCCAAUGUGAGCAGACACAAGUCAGACAUAGUAUCCCCCAAAAGCAAGAUUGCCAUGCAAAAACUGGUACAAUCACCCUCCUCUCAGAUCAAGGAUAAACAGAGUAACAAAUCAGGACAGAGAAUGCAUCACCGAAUACCUCACAGGUUUUCAUCGAGGCUCUGCCACAAGUUGGUAAAGUGCGCUUUUUGCCAGAAGAACAUUACUCUAGGCAGCCAUUGGUCUUACUGCAAGGAGUGCAAUAUCAUAGUACAUCCCCACUGUUCGUCUUCAGUGGCGAAUACUUGUGGACUACCUUCCGAAUUUGUCCACCAUUUUAAGACUCAUCUUGACUCUCCAGUUAUUCUGGACAAGGAACAAAAGGAAAUAGUCGAUUUAAGAGGUUAUCUAAAGAUGCCAGGAAAGAAUAACACUUGGGAGCAAAGAUAUUGUAUUUUGAAAGAAGAUAAACUAGAAAUAUAUCCUGAAGAACCAAAGAACAAUUCUGUUAAGAUCUUGGAAACUGUUGAUUUGAAGUUGGAGAAUUCUUGCGGAAAGAUAGAUCUGGAACCUCAGCCCUCCGAGAUAGACAUUUCAGUGGCUAAAAGUGACGUCCCUUUCUUGAUGAGGAUCGAGGUAACUACAAACACCACAUGUUGGCCGCCUAGAUAUCUGAUCUUCCUCAUGUCAUCUCAUCAAGAUAAGGAAAAGUGGUACCUUGGUUUCCAGAGGGUAUUUAUGGCAGGUAACGAAAAGCUCUACACCAAGACGAUUAUGUCCGUUUGGGAUGAUAAAAUCGUGGUGAAUUGCAUAGUAGACCUUACCGAGGGCAUUAAGCUGCUAGGCACACAAAAAGGACUUCAAGCCUUCUACAACAAUACUCUGAUCGAGAUCAGGGGUUUCAAGGAGGUCCACUACAUUGCCAAAUUAGAAGAGACUAAGUCACUGGUAAUGAUUGUCAACCCCAGUAACGUGGUGGCUGUCUGUGAUCUUGGACAUGUGAUCAACGUAGUUCAAUGUACUGCUGGAUUUGCUUUACCGACUGUCAAGUAUGACUUGGUGCGCAUCAAUAAUUUAGAGGGCUUCCACUUCUUGGAGGCCAGUAAAAAGAAGCAACAUAAAAUGUUCUGUGUAGCCAAUCCGAAAGUGUUGGCUAUUGUAGGAUAUGUGGACAAUGAGAAGGAGUUCGUACCUCUACGGUUAUUGGACACGGCAGAACCUACCAAUACUGUUCUUUUCACAGAUCAUAGUAUAAUAGUUGGUGCGGAUAAAUUCUUCGAGAUAGACAUCAACACAUUCAAAGCAGAAGAGUUUUUGGAUACUUCCAACCCUAAGAUGAAGCAAGUGUUGAAAUGCUACGAAUUAGAAUCUUAUCCCAUAUCCAUAGUGGAAGUUUCUGAGAACCCUAGGGAGUACCUGGUGGCAUUCAACGAAUUCUUCAUAUUUGUAGAUGAGUUCGGCAGUCCAUCCCGGAGAAGAGAAUGGACCACAAGUCACUUACCUCUAGCAAUUACUUACAUAAAGCCAUUCCUUUACAUUAUCGGAUUUACAGCAGUUGAAAUACACGAGAUCAAAAGGACCACCUGUGAUGAAGAAGAAGACAGCUUGAAGCAUUACACAAGGCUGGGGUUGGACAAGUUCCAAUUUGUUGGAACAACCAAAACUGGGGUCUACUUGUGGCAUGAUAAAUGCAUCAAGCUACUGGAAGGCAGAAGGUUCCAAAGCCUUCCCGAAUCUUCUUCAGAAGAUACUGCUUCUACAAUUGAGGACAAUUCAGAUAGGUUUAGUUUUAGCAGUUCAAUUGUGCGUACUUUAGAUGAUCUACAGACAGAGGAUGAAGAUUUGGGGGCUAGGGAAAAGGUUGUUACGUUUGCACAAACUAGUUUAUAAGUAUGUACUUGUUUCUCCCAACAAUUUGUUUUUAUGUUUAUAUUUUGAUGAUUUUCGUCUCAUGUACUUGCCACCUGACGUAUUCCUGUUGUAGAUUUUUGUUCUUUUUGUAAUUGUACUUAUGAAAAUGUGAUAAAUAUUUUAGAAUAAAAUUUGAUGAAUA